GUUCUCAGACACCGGCCCGGUUAUAUCAUAAUUAUGCGUUCUUACAAGGCGGAAUCCUUUUAUACAUUUUGUCCGACGCGUCCGUUACGAAAUUCGGCGGAUAUUAACGGUACGAUACCACCAAACUUUUGCUUGUUUGUUGUUCGAAAGACAUAAAUAUGCAAUGAUCGUUCUCAGUGCGAAAGCGUGAGAUUGUCUGCUGCAGGCUCCAGUAGGUGACGCCAGGAUCGAGAUCAAUUUUUUAUUUUGAGGUUAUGUGUGAGAAUGUUCUGUCAAACACUGCCGUGGACCGAGCCAUGAGUUCUCGUCUACAAUGCUGUUUUGUUGCGAGAACUAUGUUUACCUGAUGAAUAUCAAAAAUGAACUCGAAGGAAAAGGAGAAGUACAUCGAGGAAUUCGAUUUUCCCUAUUGCGACGAAUCGACAAAAUAUGAAAAAGUUGCAAAAAUCGGCCAGGGCACAUUUGGGGAGGUGUUCAAAGCUAGGGAUAAAAAUUGUACUAAAAAAUUCGUAGCAAUGAAAAAAGUGUUGAUGGACAAUGAAAAGGAAGGGGUAUGUACACUUUCAAAUAUUCGNNNNAUAAAGAUAUUACAAUUACUAAAGCACGAAAAUGUAGUGAAUUUAAUAGAAAUAUGUAGAACACGAGCAACACAAUAUAAUCGCUAUCGUUCUACAUUUUAUCUUGUAUUUGACUUUUGUGAGCAUGACUUAGCUGGUUUAUUAUCAAAUGUAAAUGUGAAAUUUAGUUUAGGGGAAAUUAAGAAAGUUAUGCAACAAUUGUUAAAUGGUCUCUAUUACAUUCAUAGUAAUAAGAUUUUGCAUAGAGAUAUGAAGGCUGCAAAUGUUUUAAUAACUAAGAAUGGUAUAUUGAAAUUAGCUGACUUUGGGUUAGCUCGUGCAUUUAGCGCCAACAAAAAUGGCCAACCGAAUCGUUAUACAAAUAGAGUUGUUACACUUUGGUAUAGACCACCAGAACUUUUACUCGGUGAUAGAAAUUAUGGUCCUCCUGUAGAUUUAUGGGGUGCAGGAUGUAUAAUGGCUGAAAUGUGGACCAGAUCACCUAUAAUGCAGGGAAAUACAGAGCAGCAACAACUUGUAUUAAUUUCACAGUUAUGUGGUUCUAUAGUAACAGAAGUAUGGCCUGGUGUAGAAAAUUUAGAAUUAUUUAAUAAAAUGGAAUUACCUAAAGGUCAAAAGCGAAAGGUCAAAGACAGAUUGAAGCCAUAUUUAAAGGAUCCUUAUGCAUGUGAUUUGUUAGAUAAACUUUUAAUUCUUGAUCCAUCUAAAAGAUACGAUUCGGAUUCUGCAUUGAACCACGACUUUUUCUGGACUGAUCCAAUGCCUUGUGAUCUUAGCAAAAUGUUGGCACAACAUACUCAGAGUAUGUUUGAGUACUUAGCUCCACCGAGACGUCCUGGCCACAUACGGCAUCCGCACCAUCAAGUACCUGGAGGGCCAGCGAAACCUAGUUCUAGUAUGGCUGACAGUGGUUACCAAGAUCGCGUAUUUUAGCAUAUUCUGUUCGGACGAAUAUAGACUGCCCUUUUACUGUUCAUUUCUUUCAUCUGUUAUAACUUUGAAAAAUUAUACAUUAUUUGUUUUCAGCUACAUCAGUAAUGAUAAAGUUUUGUGUUUAAAUUAAAUGUCUGAUUUAUACGAACUCUGGAAAUAAGAUCUAAGAUUUUCUUAUAUCCACAUACACAUAUGUACAUAUAUAUAUACAUACACGUGCGCGACCACACAUAUACAAUGUAUCUGUGUUUACAGGUAAUAAACAAAUAUAUUCUUAAAAGAAAUUACAUGGUGUGAGAAGGGUACACUUUUUAAGUGUAACGUAGUCCUCGAGUAUUCAGUUACGUAAUUAGUAUCUAUGUUGGGAAAAGAAUUAAUCACACUUCCUAUUUAAAACCAGAAGUUUACAAGUGUAACACUUUCCCUCUGCACCUGUUUCCAGUGACAAUCUUUAUCUACGAUUAGGAGUUCGAUUCAAGUCGUCAUUAGUACAUUCUACUUGCGUAGAUAUUUAGUAAAUCAAUUUUUUUCCGAGAAUUUGUACAUACAGUUAUUUGAAAAUAAUACAAAAUCAAUUGUAUAUUUUAAAAAUUGUUAAAUUUCUAUAUGAAUAUACUGAUAAAUAAAUUAAUAAGAAAUAUAUAGUUGCAUGAAGAAAAUGAAAGUUGACCAUCAUAUCUUGUACAUUGAUAAUAUAAAAAAAAGUUGCCUUUCUGAAAAAACAAAAAGUGUAUAUUUUCGCAUCAUGUAACUUCUAUUAAUAAAGUAUUUCUAAAUAAUUUUCAAAUGUCUUUUCGUAUUUUCAAAGCUUUAAGGGGUUUUUGUUCGUAAUUUUUAAGAGCGCAUACAGCGCAUGUAUACAUGCAAAUUUCUUAUAAAUAAGAAACAGUCUUCUGAUUUAAGCCUCGCAUUUACAAAAGUGUAUAUGCUCAAUUAUCUUCAGGUAUUUGUGUACUUUGUUUUAUCAAACCUUGACUUUUAUAAUAGGUCAUAGAUUAUAGUAGAUUAUCUAGUAACUAUUUUACAAUAGAUACUAGACCAUUUUACGCAUGCCUUAGUUUGAUUUUACUAUCUUUAUGUAAUAAAUUCUUAAAUGUCCUUUUUAAAAUU